GUCAUAUGCCGACCAGUCAGAAGGUCUGUUGCUGAAAGACCAGUCAACAAGGAGUCAGCGCAGAGUCGCGUCCGAAUCAGGUCUUGUUGCCUGGAAUCGACGGUGACAGAUGGUGCUGAAGUGAAUCAUGAUCCGUAUUGCAGCGCUGAAUGCAGCCUCAGGUGCUGCAGACGAGCACGAGGAUCCUUUGAAGAGUCAUAAGAGCCAGACUAAGGAAGCUCAGGAAGCUGAAGCAUUUGCAUUAUACCACAAAGCACUGGAUCUGCAGAAGCAUGACAGGUUUGAGGAAUCUGCCAAAGCCUACCACGAGCUCCUUGAAACCCCUCUUCUCAAGGAGGCUGUGCCCUCGGAUGAUGAGAAGGUCGGCCUCAAACACCCAGGUUUGAUGCUGAAAUACUCCACCUACAAAAACCUGGCAAGCCUGGCCGUACUCCGAGACGACCUUGAAACGGCCAUGGAAUUUUACCUGGAGGCUGUGUUGCUGGACUCCACCGAUGUCAACAUGUGGUACAAGAUCGGUCAGGUGGCCAUGCGGCUGGUGAGGGUCCCGCUGGCUCGGCAUGCCUUCGAGGAGGGCCUGCGCUGCAACCCGGACCACUGGCCCUGCCUGGACAACCUCAUCACCGUGCUCUACACGCUCAGCGACUACAGCUGCUGCCUGUAUUUCAUCUGCAAAGCCCUGGAGAAGGACCACUGCUACACCAAGGGCCUGGUGCUGAAGGAGCGCAUCUUCCAGGAGCAGCCCUGCCUGAGGAAGGACUCCUUCCACAUGUUCCUCAAAUGCAACAUGUCGGUGCACUCGGUGGACGUGGACGAGGAGGACGCCCAGGCCAUCGUGCAGGAGGGGCUGGAGCUGCGGCGGCGGCGGCAGGCUCUCUCUGCCCGGGAGCCCCAGCCGGACCUGGCCCUGGUGCGGCCCAUCGCCUACUUCACGUGGAAGUGCCUGGGGGAGAGCCUGCUGGCCAUGUACAGGCACCAGACCACCUGCGAGCCCCCCCGCCCCGGCCUGGGCCGGAGGAUCGACCUGUCGGAGUACCGGGACCCGGCCCGCUCCCACGCGCCCCCGCAGACCUUCACCCCGGUCAGCGUGAUCCAGACCCUGCCCAGCAGCAGCCCCAGCUCCUCCCUCCCCCCGGCCAGUGAGCCGCCCCCCCUCCCCCAGCCCCCCGCCCUGGUCCAGAUGCCGCUGAGCCAGAACACCGUGGAGGUCACCACGUCGGCCCCCGUCAUGGCAGUGGACCCCUCUCUCAGCGACAAGGUGAAGAAAGCCACCAAGAGGAAGCGCACGAUGGAGGAGAACGGGGAGACGGCGAAACGUCGCUCCGCCCGCGUCCGGAACACCAAGUGCAAGAAGGAGGAGAAGAUCGACUUCCAGGAGCUGCUGCUCAAGUUCCUCCCGUCCAGGCUGAAGAAGUUUGAUUUCGACGAUGACGAGGAGAGCCUGAGCAACUACGAGGCGCAGUCGGAGGUGAAGCCGGACUCCCAGCUCCACUCGGGCGCCAACUGCUCUCCCGUCGACUCCAUCACGUUCAUGGAAUCAGAGCGGCAGGACGUGCACAGCUUCCUGCUGGACAACAUGGUGAACAGUGGGAUCCUGGAGCUGAUGAUGCGCUACCUGAAGGCUGUUGGGCGGAAGUUUCUGGAGGAGUGGCCCCCCGGGCUGACGGGCGUGGUGCUGGAGGUCUACUGCAGCUGGAGGAAGCACAGCAGCGGCCUGCCCAACCCGCUGCUCAGGGACUGCAGCGACCAGCACAUCCGGGACAUGAUGGUGAUGAGCCUCUCUUGCAUGGAGCUGCAGCUGGAGCAGUGGUCGCUCACCAAAGGCAAGACUGUGUCUCCGCGGAAGGGCCCCCUGGGACAGACCGGCGAGCCGGGCGACGCGGACUUCCCCGGCCUGCACUUCCAGGGCGACCUGCUGCAGCUGGCCUUCGCCUCCUCGCAGAGGGACCUGUUCCAGGGGGACUGGCUGGCCUUCCUGGUGCGGGUCUACUGGCUGAAGGCUCGCUUCCAGGCCCUGCAGGGGGACAUGGAGCACGCUCUGGAGAGCUACGCCGUGUGCACCGGGAUGCUCCAGAGUCAGGCGGGGCAGCAGGCCGGGGGCGAGGAGGGGGAGAAGUACACCGUCUACCUGCCCAACCUCCGAGUGGACGCGUCCAUCUCUGUGGACGAGAUUGAUAAGAAGCUGAAGUCUCUGGAGCGCUGCCAGUCCCUGGAGGAGAUCCAGCGCUUCUUUGAGUCCGGGGACUACGAGUCCGUGGUGCGGCUGCUCCGCCCCACCCUCAGCUGCGGAGGCUCCGGGCGCCUCAAGGCCCUGGACUUCGUCAGCUCCGUACCGGAGAGGCCGGCCCAGCUGCUGCUGCUGCAGAGCUCUCUGCUGAAGCAGCAGGAUCUGCAGCAGUGCCUGGAGUGCUCGGAGGUGGCCCUGAACGAAGCGCUGCAGCAGCUGAACGGCGCCUCGCCCUCCUCCUCGCCCUCCGCCAAGGAAGAGUGGGUGGCCACCAUCACCCAGAUGCUGGGCGGCAUCGAGCUCUGCCUGUCCCAGGACCUCCAGCUGCUCAACAGCGCCCCCCGGUCCGCCAGCCUGGCCCGGCUCACCAAUAACCUCAUCCAGUUGAUUGACUGCAGCAUGGCGGUCCCAGAGGACCCCAAGGAGCCCCACUUCUCGUCCGUCCUCCCCUGGAUCAUCCUGUACCGCAUCAUCAAGCACGAGGAGGCGGCCUUCGACUGCCUGCUCCGGCAGCACAUGCCUCCCGAGGACGAGGACGACCCGGACACGCCCAUGCUGCCGUCCUCCCUGAUGCUGCUCAACACGGCGCACGAGUACCUGGGCCGCCGCUCCUGGUGCUGCAACUCGGACGGGGCGCUGCUCAAGUUCUACGUGCGGGUCUUGCAGAAGGAGCUGGUGGCCUCCACCUCGGAGGACACCCACCCGUACAAGGAGGAGCUGGAGACGGCCCUGGAGCAGUGCUUCUACUGCCUGUACGCCUACCCCAGCAAGAAGAGCAAGGCCCGCUAUCUGGAGGAGCAUUCUGCUCAGCAGGUUGAGCUCCUGUGGGCCGACGCCCUCUUCAUGUUCCAGUACUUCAAGCCCAAGACGCUUCCGGAGUUCGACAGCUACAAGACGAGCACGGUGUCAGCCGACCUGUCCAACCUCCUGAAGAGGAUCUCAGGCAUCGUUCCCCGCGGCGACGACCCCACCCUGACCAUGGAGGAGGUGUCGGCCUACAUCGAGGGCGGGGGGCUCAAGGUGCCCUCUCUUCCCGAGGGAGCUGGUCCAGCGCCCCCUCUGGUCAACGAGCUGUAUUACCUCUUGGCUGAUUACCACUUCAAAAACAAGGAGCAGUCCAAGGCCAUCAAAUUCUACAUGCACGACAUCUGUGUCUGCCCCAACAGGUUUGACUCCUGGGCGGGCAUGGCCCUGGCGAGAGCCAGCCGCAUCCAGGACAAGCUCAACUCCAACGAGCUGAAGAGCGACGGGCCCGUGUGGAAGCACUCGCAGGCCGUGCUCAACUGCUUCAAGCGCGCGCUGGAGAUCGACAGCUCCAACCUGUCGCUGUGGAUCGAGUACGGCACCAUGUCCUACGCCCUCCACUCCUUCGCCUCCCGCCAGCUCAAGCAGUGGAGGAGCGAGCUGCCCCCCGAGAUGGUCAAACAGAUGGUGGAGCGGAAGCACGCCAUGCUGGACACAUCGGCGCAGUGCUUCCAGGGCGCGUCGCGGUGCGAGGGGGACGGCGACGAGGAGGAGUGGCUCAUCCACUACAUGCUGGGCAAGAUCGCCGAGAAGCACAAGCAGCCGCCGCGGGAGUACCUCAUGCUCUACAAGCAGGCAGCGCAUUAUCUGCACGAGGAGGCGGCCCGGUACCCGCGCAAGAUCCACUACCACAACCCCCCCGAGCUGGCCAUGGAGGCCCUGGAGCUGUACUUCCGUCUCAGUGCCACCAUCCUGAAGCUGCUGGAGUCCGAGGAGGCGAAGGAAUCCCUGCUGGAGCACGAGCUCUUCUUCAACAUCCUCUCGGACGCCGCGGUCGGACCCUUCGCCAGGGGGGAAGAGAAGAACAUGCCCAAAUCCAGCGAGAAGGAGAAGCCCCCAUCGGUGAACGACGAGGACUCGCACUCCUCCUCCGUGGGCGUGGCUCCAGGCCUCAGGACGUCCCUCCCCUCCAGCGGGCCAGGUCUGACAUCCCCACCGUACACGGCCGCCCCGGUCGACCACGAUUACGCCAAACGUAAAACCCUCCGGCAGCAGCAGCAGCAGCAGUGGCAGCAGCAGGAGCAGGAGGAGCAGGAGGAGGAGGAGCGGCAGGCCGAUGCCCCCCCUCCUUCUGACCACGAUUACUCCCUGCCCAGCUCCCCGGUGUGGCUGUCAUCCAGGAACGAGCGCAGCCAGGACAGCGAGGUGGUGAUGCUGUCCGACUCCAACUCCACCCAGGACCCCUUCACCGACGCCGCCAGCUCUCAGGACAGCAGCCACAAGGUGCAUUCUGGGAAGGGCGGCGCCUCGUCCCCCGAGAACACCACUCCCACGAAGGAGGGGCAGCCGGGAGGGGAGGAAGCAGCUCCAGGGGCCGACGUGCCGGCGGGGCCCCUGAGCCUGGGCCCUGCGGACGAGAAGAGCGCGGAAGACCUCCAGGAGGACAGGUGCAUCCAGGAAGUGCUGGACACCCUGUCCAUGACGCUGGCCGAGAUCCCGCCGCCGAAGCCGCCUCCAGCCGACCCCUGCCCCCAGCCCCCCGCCGCCCCCAGCACCCCGCCCAAGGCCCAAGGCCCGCCCCCUCAGGCCCCGCCCCCUCAGGCCCCCCAGGCCGGCGAGGGCAAAAAGAAGGCGGAGCCGGCCCCGGAGCUGCCGGAAAUGCCCAAGAGCCUGCCGGCGGACCGGGCGGAGCAGCGGCGCCUCCUGGUGGAGAUGUGCGUCCGGGCGCUCUUCCUCUGCCUCAGCAGGUUCCCGCAGCACUACAAGAGCCUGUACCGCCUGGCCUUCCUCUACGCCAACAGCAAGACCCACCAGAACCUGCAGUGGGCCCGAGACGUGUUGCUAGGAAGCAGUGUCCCAUGGCAACAGCUGAAGCACAUGCCAGCGCAAGGGCUGUUCUGCGAGAGGAACAAGACUAAUCUGUUCAAUGGAAUCUGGCGCAUUCCGGUGGAUGAAAUCGAUCGCCCGGGCAGCUUCGCGUCUCAUAUGAACCGAUCCAUCGUGCUCCUGCUGGAGGUGCUGUCUCAGCUAAAGGACCACGACACUCUGCUCAAAGUCUCCUUCAUGCUCCAGAGAACCCCUGACCAGGGAAAAAAAUAUUUGAGGGAUGUGGAUCGGCAGGUUUUGGCCAAGAGAGCUUUUUUCUUCACUGUAAAAGUACUGGAGGAUAAUCUGAACAAACUUACAGGGGUGUCCGAGCAGCCCUCCAAAGCGGCCGCGCCCCCCAUGGGGGAGAUGACCACCACGGACGUGUGCAACAGGCCCGCCGCGGAGGACGGCAAGCACCCGCCGCCCAAGAGGCCGGCGCUGACCGAGGGGGCCUGCCCGCCGGGCCCCGAGGCUGGGCCCCGGGAGGCCCCCCCGGGCCAGGCCGCCCCGCUGGCCAUGGAGACGGCGGAGCAGCAGGAGCAGCCGGGGGCCCGGAGGAGGGAGGGCCCCGCUGCCGCCGAGGGCCCCAGGCCCGGGGCCGACGAGCCCAUGGAGCUGGACGCCAGGACCGCGGACCCCUCUCCCGUGGCGGCUGAGGCCCCCAGGGCCCUGGCGGCGGACCCCGGGGAGAAGGGCCCGGAGUGCAGCCGGGCCCCCGAGCUCUCCCUGGAGGAGCUGAGCAUCAGCUCCAAGCAGCAGCAGCUCCUGCUCCAGACCUCCCCCACCAAGGCCCAGCUCUCCGCCGGCGGGGCGGAGCCGGGCGGGGCCCGCAGGCCCAGCAGGAAGAGGAAGCUGCUGGAGGACGCCGAGUCCGGGAAGACCCUCCUGCUGGACGCCUACAGGGUGUGGCAGCAGGGCCAGAAGGUCAUGACCUAUGACCUGAGCCGCAUAGAGAAGAUCAUGUCCGAGACGUACAUGCUCAUCAAGCAGGUUGAUGAAGAUGCUGCGUUGGACCAAGCGGUGAAGUUCUGCCAGAUUCAAAUGGCUACGUCAGCACAGAGACAGUCGAGCUGCGACACCCCCACCACGCCCAAACACGCCAAGGAGCACCGCGACGUCUUCUUCCCCGCGGCGCUGCCCACGCCGGCCCCGCUCAGCAGCCCCGUCGGCCAGGCCCCGCCACCGCAGGACGGCGAGGCCAAGCCCGGCCCCGAGCCGGCCAGCAAGGCCCAGAGGACUCCGCCCACCUCUUCCUACUGCCCACCCGCCGGUGCCCAGGACCAAUCUCAGCUGAGGAGACAGCAGAGCCACCCAGUAGCAGCCAUGGCCUUCCUAUCUCAGACGGAGGAGCACGAGGAGCCGCUGGAGGGCCUGGGCUACAGGCAGCAGGAGUCCCGGCUGUGUCAGCAGAUGAAGAUGGCCAGUGUGUCCCCUGGACAGGAGGCCUCGGGCUGGCUCAGCGAGGAGCCUGCAACCUGCAGCGCAUCACACCCAGCAGCCUCGUCUCUGAGCUCCUCCCCGGACCAGCAGUACCCAGCCGGGGACCCGUCCAAGCAGCUGGACGCCAGCCGCAUCCGCUCCCGCAUCCCCCCCAACAUGCCAAAGCUCCUCAUCCCCUCCACCGUCGCCAAGUUCCCCCCGGAGAUCACCGUCACCCCGCCCACCCCCACGCUGCUCUCCCCCAAGGGCAGCAUCUCCGAGGAGACCAAGCAGAAACUCAAGAACGUCAUCCUGUCCUCGCAGUCGGCCGCCAACGUGAAGAAGGAGACGCUGUGCCAGCCGGCCCUGGAGGUGCAGGAGACGUCCAGCCAGGAGUCAUCCCUGGAGAGCGACACGGACGAGGAGGACGACUACAUGGACAUCUAAAAAAACCGCGCCUCCCUCCCCGCCCCUUUUUCCAGCGCGUCGAAGCCGCUCCGCUCGGAUGAACCAGGUUCUGGUGACCUCCGUGUGACGCUCGGAUAAACCACGUUCUGGUGACUUCUGUAUGACGUUCAGAUGAACCAGGUUCUGGUGACCUCCGGGUGACAUUCAGAUAGACCAGGUUCUGGUGACCUCCGUGUGACGCUCGGAUAAACCACGUUCUGGUGACUUCUGUAUGACGUUCAGAUGAACCAGGUUCUGUUGACCUGUGUGACUGUUUUAAUAUCAGCCCCCCCUCCCCCCAUCUGGAGAAAGGUAUUUGUAACUUCAGCAGUUUGUGGUUUGACACCUGUAUCGGUAUGACUAGUACUCCUCUGACUGUGUUCGUGCGUGACACCUACACGCGUUCAGGCGAAGGGCUUUCCUCUUUCCGCAGCGUUCAGCCCGACAGUUUCAGUGUCGCGCUGCGCUGCCGCGUAGCGUUGGCACGGCGACGGCUGGAGCCUCUCUCUGUCUCUCCUCUGCAACAAUCCAGCGAAGUGCCAUUUUUCUUCCAUCACACCUCCCAGCCACACAGGGUUUCCACAUCCGGUACGCCGCGAUCUUGUAAAACGAGAUGCCCUGCAGCAAAACGUCGAUGUCACACAUCCUGUAAAAAAGGAAUCGGUGGAUCUUUGCCUACCCGCACGCUAUGCAGAUACUUUCUUAAACUGCAAUGCAAUUUUUCCAGUCCUUUGUUUAUGAGAGCGAUGUGGUCCGUGCAUCUUUUCACAUUUACCGAUAAUAGAAACCGACACGUCCGCUGCGUUUCGCGGUCUUCAGCUGCAGCCAAACCUUUCUGAGCAGAUUUCAAACCAAGCCACGCCCGAGGUGCUGAAAUCACGUUGCAGGUACGUGCCAAGAAGACAUCUCUCCCCUGCCAGCAGUUUCCUCUUUUGUUUGCGAAUAAUUUCUAGGGAAACGUUUGUUUGAGUUUGACACGCCGGGACUUCCUGCGCGCUCCAUGCAAGAGAUAUCCCGCCAAGCGCAGCACCUGCAGGAAGCGCGUUCACCUGCGGUUUGCUCUCAGUCCGGUACACUUUCAGUUUCCUGCUUGUACGAGCUGUUGGUUACCACUGUGCGUAUGGUUGUUACUUUCACUGAAACAAACUUUCUUCGAGUCCUGAUGUAUUGUGUCUUUAAAAUGUGUUUACAUUUUUGUUCAUGUGUGUAUUUGUUUUUUUUUCUCCAAAGGGGUGAUGGUCACUAGUAGGAUCGUUUGCCACAGAGAGGGGUAGAAAGUGCUGGCUCUAGCAGUCACAGAAUCAGCGGUUUGGGGGACGGAAGGGCUUGGGCAGAGAUUUCAUUUGAGAGCUUAAGACAACCUUCAUUUAGCUUCUGUACAUAUCAUUCUUAUUGAAAGUGUAAUUUCCUUGAAGAUACGCAAGUGAUCGCUUGCCGGCGGUGGCAAGAUGGACAUGCGGAUGCUCUUGGAUUUUUGUCGGAGCAAUUAUUUUUUUCAAUGGAUCGAUUUUGGAGUGCACAUUUAAACAAUAUAUUUAAAAUGUCUGACUACAGAGAAAUCAGUUGAAGACAAAGAAUGUUUUUAUACAUAUUGUUUUCUAUAUGAAGAUGGAUAUCUGCGGUAUUUUUUCUUGGAAUACUGUUAAAAGCAGCAUUUUUAAUCAAUCUGAAAAUUCCUUGUAAAUAAUUAUGAGGGACACAGUCCACACAGAGUCUUGCUGAACUACCUGUAAAUGUAUGUUUGUAUUUUUCUGGUGUAAGAUGCUGUUUUGUAUUCUGCUGCGCUUCACUUGGGAAUGUAUCAUGGCAGAAAAUGGAUCCCUCCUGGUCGGGAAUAGAUUUGAAUAUUACUGUACUCAGACACCAGGGGGCGAUGUUGUACUCUGAAUACUGACUUGCUGCAUUAAAGAUGUUAAAAACCAAAAAUAUACUUGAUACCACA